CUGCACGAAUACCCUUCGAAAUAUGUUGAUGCAAAAUUUGCAGUCUUUGAGCGGACUCCGAUCUCGAAACCAUCCAGAAGCGGAUGCUGGUAUCACCUAAAAUCGCCAGUUGGUGGCAUUUCUUUCGAUGUUCAUAUACUGUCAUCGCUGAUUAUGACUCCGAACGAUUUGACAGGCUUCAACAGUACUGGUAAUAUCAGGAUAUGGCCGUCCGAAGAAUACUUAGCCUACUACUUGUUGCAAAAUCAAGCCAUAGUCCGUGACAAGAGUGUCCUGGAACUAGGAGCUGGCAUGGUCGGUUUAAGUGGUCUAACAAGCGCUAGGCUUGGUGCACAUGAAGUGGUCUUGACGGAUGGGAAUGAGAAAUCCGUGAAAAAUGCCCAGCUGAUAGUUGAUGAAAAUUUGUUGGGUGAUCGCGUCAGUUGCUGCGUGUUGUCCUGGACAUGCACUUUACCACGGAAUGAUCAGUUUGAUUUGAUUUUGUGUGCUGAUUGUUUGUUUUUCACGGAAGAGCACCGGAAUUUGCUGGACUGUACUUACCAGCAUUUAAAACCGUGUGGUUCUGCAUAUUUUUUGGCGCCCGAUAGAGCCGGGACUGCGAAGAUCUUUUUGGAUUGUUUGUACGGGGAAAGACGUAGAUGGAAUAGCGUUAGCGUGAAUUUUCAUGUUCAAGAUGAAGCGAAACUGAUGAGUGAAAAUGAUAUUCAUGUUGAUGAUCAAAUACUUAUCAUUUUAAGAAAGUGAUU